AUACCAUCAAGCAUGGAUCUCAAUAUCGCUAGGCCCAUUUCUGGGACCAAGCUUCUAAUUUCUUUCAGAACCAUCACUCCAAGCGGACCUUCCCACCAAUAAUAAAGAGGCAAACUUCCCCGCGACUUUAAAUCACACCCAAUCAAAGGAGGGAAACUAACUCUCCACCCUCCAACCGUCGCCUCCUUUGCCUAUUUGAAGAACCCAGAAAGGCUCUGCAAUGGUCACAAGAGGUUCUUCGUAGAGUGGGCGGCUUUCUGAGCAAUUAGAAAGCCGCUCCAUCUUCCUCAAAACUCUUCCCCAAGAAUGCCAAAUUCACUCUUUCAAGAGCACAGUUUGAUCGUGAGAGAGAAACUUCGUAAGAUUAGAAGCAUUCAUUUGUCAUCAACAUUUCUUUAAGUGGUGUGCUCCAUUUCCUAUAUACAGAACGUUCUCUCUUCCAUAUUGUUGCAGUUGUUCAAGAAUUUUCCGUUCAUAUUGUUCCAGUCUCUCUUUGCUUUUCGCUUGUGGAUAUCUGGGCUCCCUGUUUUACCUUUGAUAUAGUCUCUGUCUCUCUUUUCUCGCUAUCAUAGAAGAGAAACAAAUCAGUUCAUUCCUAUCUUUUUCGAAACACCAGCAUCUGUAUGUAUUUGGAAAGACCAUCAAUCCUGUUUCCUGGGUUGGAUAUCCAACCCGGCAUUACCUCCACCCUCGAUUUCCUUCAUCCUCUGUUUCUUUCCCCGAGGAAAGUUCAGAGAAAUGGCCCGAGCCGCCUUGAAUUAUCUUCGCCCGAAGGACUGGGUUAGAGGAAAAGCAGUCGGGAAUGGGUCCUUUGGCAUCGUCAGCUUGGCCAUGAACAGAUCGACUGGCGAGCUCUUCGUCGUCAAGUCCUCACCAUCUGGAACGGGGUUAAUAUCUCUGAAGAAUGAGGCCGACAUCCUCGAGAGUCUGAAUUCGUCAUACAUUGUUCGAAGCCUUGGGCAUGAAGCUGCAGACAGAGCAGGAAGUCAACAAGAAUUUAACUUGUUCAUGGAAUACAUGGCUGGGGGGAGCUUGUUGGAUAUUGUGGAGAAGUUUGGUGGAGCAUUGGAGGAGUCAGUGAUUAGAUCCUACACCAGACAAAUUCUCAAGGGGAUUGCAUACCUUCAUAGAAAUGAUAUCGUCCAUUGCGAUAUUAAAUGUAAGAAUCUGCUCUUGGGUUCAUCUGGGAACAUCAAGUUGGCUGACUUUGGGUGUGCUAGAAGAUUGAGAGGAUCUUCAGAGGUUGAUGCAUGUUCGAAGAAUUCGUCGCAAGUUGGCGGGACUCCAUUGUGGAUGGCACCAGAGAUUUUGAAGAAUGAAGGGGUCGGAUUCCUGUCAGAUAUAUGGUCUCUUGGAUGCACUGUGAUUGAGAUGGCCACUGGGAGACCUCCAUGGACCGACGAGGUAUCGAACCCGAUGGCAGCAGUAUAUAAGAUUGCAUGCUGUGAUGAUCUUCCAAAGCUCCCAUCCAGUUUCUCCGACGAGGGGCUCGAUUUCCUCAGAAAAUGUUUGCAGAAGGACCCAAAGAAGAGAUGGAAUGCUGAGCAAUUGCUCAGCCAUCCAUUUAUCACUGGGAGUUCGAAUCAAAUGUGUUUGAAGGAGGCAUCUUGGUCGCCAACAAGUGUCUUACAUGCAGGUUCCAGAGGGAACUGGCCUUUGGAUGAAUUGGAGUCACUGACCGAAGAAGAGAUCUCGACAUGGAGACCAUUCUCGAUGCGGUCUGGGAUCCCCAAGUAUCUAAGAAGAAUGUGCAGCAAAGAGAUUGAUGUACAGGCAACAGAAGGUUGGAUUGAGGUCAGAUCAGGAUGAAAAUUUUGAUAGGCAUAGAUGACAGCAACCUGUAUAUGGACAAAGAGAGGGAUCUGGAUGUACAGCUCAGUUUAUAGCCAUUACUUUAUAUUGAAAAUUCAGUCAAAGACUUCAACAAGUAACAAACCCCCGCCCUCCUGCCAACAAAAAAGAGAAAAAGAAGGGGAAAAAAAGAGAUUUGACUGCGCAAAUAAUGGCUAUUAUUUAUUGAAAUAUGGGAUGAAGGAUGAUAUCUGAAAGUCAAGCACAUAAUGGCAACUUAUCAAUCAUGCAAUUAUACAGCUUUGGAGGGUUGAUGAGCCAUUUAUUUGUGGAACAGCACUUAUCUCUGAAAUAAUUAAUUCCUUCUAGCAUGGGAGGUAAAAGUAAGAUGGAAACUAGAGGUGGAUUGGAACUCAGAAGGAAUGCUAAUCUUGAGGUCAAGGGUCACUUUAAAGGGUGGGAAUGUAAAGAAUUAGGUCAAGAUCAGAAAGCACGGAGGAGAAUGUCUUCAACAUCAUCUUUUAUGGGAUUUUAUAGCAACAGUUGGCAUCAGAACAGUUGGGCUUAUUAUCCAGGAUCAUCUUGGCAUGAGGGUGUUUGUUGGUGCUGUCAACUUUGGCACCAAGAAAGCAGAAGCUGAGCAGUUGGCAGAAAUUACCCACAGGACUAGGUAGAAGAAAUUCCCAAUGACUGGGAAAAAUUAAUUGCCUUAUAUUAUAUUGCAUCAAAAGAUGCCAGUAAUGUACAAGGCAGUUGUAUACCUUCUAAAUUACAUUUUGUAUCAGGGGGGCACCCAUUUUCUUGUAAUCUCUUGCAACGAGUUGUGCUUCUACUCAA